CUGGUGGCGGUGGAGGGGAGGUGGCCCUCGUGAGCUAUAAAGCCUCCCUCUGCCUGUUUGGACCUAGUGAGGACAGCCCGCCAGAGUCCGGUCUCCUGACGCCAUGAGGACCCGAUUCCUCCUAGCUCUGCUUCUUGUCCUCCUGGUAGUGGGAUUUGAGGUCCAGGGGGCGCUGCUGCCCCAGCAGGAGGAGCCCGGCAGCCGGAGCCUGCUCACCCGGAUGCAGGAAUCUCUCUCCAGCUACUGGGAUUCAGCCAAGGAAGCCGCCCGGGGGCUGUACCGGAAGACACACCUGAACACUGUGGACGAGAAGCUCAGGGACAUGUACAGCAAAAGCACAGCAGCUGUGACCACGUACGCAGGCAUCUUCACCGACCAGCUCCUCUCUCUGCUGAAGGGAGACCAGUGACAGCCCCCCAGGCCCCAGCACCCCCCGGAGCUCGAGACCUGCCCCAGCAGCUGACUUCGGUCUCCUCCCCCAGCCCGCUCCCAACUCUGAGUUCUUAUCAAUAAACAACCCCCCAAACCCGA